AUGUCGAUGCUCAAAAGUGACCUCGGACUGGAGCAAACAGAGGCGUCUUCCAACCCUGCUGAUGACGGUUUCUCAGUCUGCCCUCUCCCCGCCUCGUGGUAUUCAUCACAGGAUAUACAUGAGCUUGAGAGACGGGCUAUCUUUUCUCGAAAAUGGCUCCUGACUACACACAAGCUACGUUUCAACGAAACAGGCGAUUGGCUGCGGUACGAGAUUGCUGGGUAUGCAUUUAUCUUGGUGAAAGAUCGCGAGGGGAAUAUCAAUGCUUUCCACAACGUGUGUCGACACCGUGCAUUCCCCGUGGUCACCGAAGAGGGUGGCACUUCCAGGAUUUUCUCUUGCCAAUAUCAUGGAUGGUCCUACGGCCUUAAUGGGAAACUUGCCAAAGCACCCGGUUAUCAGGAUUUGGAAGGUUUCGACAAGAGCAAGAACGGCCUUCUCCCGAUUCACGUACACGUUGAUGUCAAUGGAUUUGUCUGGCUUAAUUUAGAUGCCGGUGAACAACCUGAGAUCUCGUGGGAAGAUGACUUCAAAAUGAGAGAGCUACAGACAGGCUACGAGGGCUUUAACUCGGAGGAUUAUAACUUCGACCACACCUGGGAGAUGAGUGGAGAGUAUAACUGGAAAAUUCUAGCAGACACCUACAGCGAAUCGUACACUCCCUCGAGUUCCCUCAACUCACACACUGCGGAUACCAAAGACGGAAGAUCCAUACCCGAGGAGGUUUCCAAUGGGCUGAAGAUUGCCAGUACUUACUAUUUCCCCAACGCUGCUAUGACUAUAUUGCCACAUUUCUUCUGCAUGCAGCGCCUUGUAUCAACGGGCCCCAACACAUGCUCAGUGCGCUGUGAGGUCUAUCGCAACAAGAACUCUAGCGAUGAAGAGUUCGACCUCACCAAUGAAACACACAAACGUAUUUUGUCUGAAGACACAGAGCUUUCUAUCAACACACAAAGCAACUUCAACAGAGGGGCCUCAGUAAAUGGACAAAUCCUCUCUCGGACAAAAGAGGGAUCGGUCCACUUCCAGACUAUCGUUCGUGACUUGAUCACUGAACACCGUCAACGGGAAGAGGAUGCCGGGGAGGAGAUUUGGCCUGCACGACAAAGACUCCCCAAAGAAGAAGCAGUCAGCAAAGAGGAUAUGGACUUUUGCUCCAAGCUGACCAACAAUGACACAUCCGCCUUGACUGCGGGGGGUUGCUGUGGAGGAGGAUGUGGAGGUGGACCUCCCACUGUUGCGGCAACAGCACCCGAAACUAUGGUGGUUUGA